UCAAGUACAAUAACCAUGUUUUCAGCCAAAAUUUAAACUUAAUUUUGAAAACGUUAAUUUUAUAAUGGUAUGCUGUACGAAGCCCAACUUAUAAUCCACUGUUCCCUUUGUUAUAAAGGCGACGUCGUAACGCGUAGACCUGUUUAACCCAUUGGUAGUUUAGCAUCUGUUGUUUCCCACCACGACAGCAGUUGUUUUUCUGUAAUAAAAAUAACAUUACAUUAUUUACGUGUGGUAUUUCCUAAUUGUCUUAUACAGCUAGGAAAGUUGUUAUGUCUCCAGUACACAAGAAAAGCAACUUACCUGAUAACACAGUGUAUAUAAACCCUAUUGGUAAAAUGUUUUCCAUUACAGUUAGCGCCUUCGUUGACGAUGACUUCCCAGUUAGUUUUGUUUCUUGCGCUUGCGUCUUACGCCGCUGGUGCUCUAAUUUACGAAGACAAUUUUGAUUAUUUCGAUUCUUCUAAAUGGUUCAUCGAAGUUGUAUCUAACCCCCACAAUAACGAGCUUCAGUAUUAUACUGAUAGAACAGAUAAUAUUCGAGUUGAAGAUGGACACUUGGUCAUAUCACCACUCAAGGAAAAUUAUGGUGGUAAACAAUAUACAUCUGGGAGAAUUCAUAGCAACUUUGCGUGGAAAUAUGGACGAGUUGAAGUAAGAGCUAAAUCUCCAAAUGGAUACGGGUUGUGGCCGGCUAUUUGGAUGAUGCCAAGAGACAGUGUGUACGGUGGUUGGCCCGAAAGUGGCGAGAUCGACAUUAUGGAAGCGAGAGGACAAGAUCUUCAUCAGUUCGGUAGUACCAUCCACUACGGUAUAUGUUGUGAUAAUCACUACUGGGAAUCAAGCGGCGACAUGCAAUUACAAUGCUCCAUCGAUCAAUAUCAUGUUUAUACUUUGGACUGGACACCAACUGAGUUGGUCUAUCGUUUGGAUGGUAAAGCAUACUAUAGCCAGAGCCUUGACCGUGUCAUAAGCUGGAUGUAUGACGCACCUGGCCAGCCAUUUGAUCAAUACUUCUACAUGAUCUUAAACGUGGCUGUUGGAGGCGACUACUUGGAUAAUCCAAAACCAAGCACCGUGUGGAAUUACCCUGAUGCUGAGAUGUGGGUGGAUUACGUCAGAGUUUAUCCAUUAGAGGAUAUCGCCAGCCAAAAAUGCAUGGUAAAAGACGGUGCAGAUCCUGCUGCAGUUUGUGGUAACAUUGACUGGGCGUGCGGUUCACAAAACUGGGCGGAUGUGUCUGCGCAAUGCACCAGCGAAUUACUGGCUUGCUGUGAUCCACCAUAUGCGUGUGAUGGUCCCAAACUAAACUCUUUGGCAAGCGAAGUUUACACCGCUUAUGACAACAUAGUGAAUGAUGGAAACUCGUGUAACUUUGGUGGAACAGCUCAACGUUUAGUUACUUUAAAUGACGGUGACGUCAGUGAUGAAAUCGGUGGCUGUUUGAUCAAAGACUCGGCUGAUGAUUCUUCUAUUUGUGGAGCCAUGGAAUGGGCUUGCUACAGUCAAAACUAUGCUGAUGUAUCUUCUGAAUGUUCUGCUGGUUCUGACGUUCUUAACUGUUGUUCUGUAUCGCCAUCAGUGUGUAACGACGCUCGACUUCAUUCUGCUGCUGAAGCUGUUUUCCAAUCUUACUAUAACCAGUUACAAACACCAUCAGCGUGUGACUUUGGUGGUGUAUGUUACCUUGAAAACAGCCUUGAACCACUUGCUUGUACAGAUGGAUAUGAUAAGUAAAUUAAAGGACUAAUUCGGGCUAAAAUCCAAGUGUGUGCAUUGUUAUACGACUUGUUACAUGUAAUUAAUUGCCCAUUUAUAACUUGAAAUAUAAUCAGAAUCGGACACCAA